UUUCUUCCUCCCAAAUUGUUUACAAAGAGUCAGCGGAGGAGGACGAGCAUUUAUUUCCCUUGCAAUAUAAGCUCAUUAACCAACAUUGUCUAAUUACUAUUAGCAUUGUGGGUUUGAACGAUGGGGAAACCGAGGCAGGAGGAAGUGACUCAGGCGCAAGGCAGGGAGCGCCUCCCUCGCUGCUCCAACCACUAGGCAAACAUUGCCUACAAGGCACAGAGGAGACCUAGAGCUUUCUCGGCCUCCUUGUUUUCCUUCUUUGAACCUCUCUUCCUAUGUGACCGAAAAUAAAGGCGGAUUUCGGAAGGACGGUAAGGGAUUUCUGGAGUCCUGACCCAUGGAGCCGCUGCCCAUCUUGCUCCGGGGAUACAUCUAUGCGGUCCACGUCUCCUUCCUGGAGAUCCUCUUCACAGUUCUCAUCCUGGGCCACGAAUGGACCUUCCGCUGGGUAUCGGUCCUGGGCUCCUUCCUCCUCUAUGGAGCCUGCGCGUUGACCUUGGAGCAGAUCCAUCUGGCCUUGCGGGGCGACUGCUGCCUGCUCACCCGCUCCACCCUUUACACCUUCUGCAUCUUCUUCUGGCAGUUCUGCGUCGGUUAUUUCCUCCAGCUCUUUGGCGCGUGCCCUUGGGAUUUCUCCAACUUCCAUUACAACUUCAUGGGCCUCAUUGCGUUGGAGCACGCCCUGAUCUGGUUCGUGAGCGCCCUUUUGCUGGAGCGCAUGGUGAUCCGGAACACGCUCCGGCUGCGGGUGGACAAGCCGUGGAAGCCGGAUAAGGAUCCCAAAGCCAGACCCCUCUUCGAACUGAAAGAUGACUGAGAUUGUCCAGAUUCUUGUGAAUUUCAGUGGAUUUUCCGUGUAGUAUGACACGGUGGUUGUUAGAGUGGU